AUGUCAAUUUUGGUGGUGAAGAUUAUGAUGCUCGUAACGAUGGGUGCUUUUGCAUUAUUAUUCGGUCUACUACCAACAAAAAUAUACAAAUAUGUCGAGAUGCAGCGAGCAACUAAAUCUUCUAAAGCGAAAUUAGCAACUCGUUCUCUUUCAAUAUUAUCAUGCUUUUCAGGUGGUGUACUCUUAGGUAUUUGCUUAUUAGACCUACUACCUACAGCCAAUGAAGCAUUUGAUAAAAUGAAACAACAAAAAGGAUGGGAAACACAUUAUCCAUACAUGGAAGUUCUAAUUGGUUGUGGCUUUUUUAUUGUUUAUUUGAUGGAAAUAAUAACCAUUCAUAUCUAUGGUCGAGAAGAUAUAGACUACUACGUGAAUCGAAAUGAAUGCAAGAAUGACAAAAAUGUGAUAGAAGAAUGCUAUGAUGGAUGUAAGCAAGAAGAUAAUGAAAAUCAAGGAAAGAAUGAACAAACAGAUAUCUCAGUAGUGGAAAUGAAAAUUCCCACAAAGGAAAAUUAUGUGAAAUCGAUAACUUUAGUGGUUGCUUUUACAGUUCAUUCCUGUCUUGAAGGAUUUGCAUUCGCCGUUCAGUAUACAAUGUUCAGUGUAACAACACUCUUCCUUGGAAUAAUAGUGCAUAAAUCAGUGGUUUCAUUUAGUAUCGGAAUGAAUCUAAUUAAGACUCAUCCCAAUAAAAUAUAUUUCGUUAUAUCGUUGGUAAUAUUUGUGGCAUUAAUGUCGCUUAUUGGUGGUUUUAUUGGAAUUACUUUGGAGGGUGUACAGCUUGAUGAACAAUCACGAAACAUUGUAACAGCAAUAGCAUCAUCACUCGCUAAUGGUACCUUCAUUUACAUCACUUUUUUUGAGAUACUAUACGCUGAACAUGGACACGGGGAGCGAAAACUGGAGCAAUGGUUGAGCGCAGCUGUGGGUUUUGGUCUUAUAGCCAUUUUGAUAUUAUUUGCACACUAA